UAAAACAGUCGACUUGUUAGUUUAGCGGAUGUUCAUUCAAAUAAUCCGGGACGAUCAGUGAUUACUACUUUAAUAUAUAUACUUACUGUUUGCCUGUUCCGAUUAGUUUAUGAAUCGGGGCAAUAUGUUUUUAAUCUCGAAUCCGUGGCGUCUUAUUUACGUCCUGAUCUGCGUAUUUUUUUUGACGUCCAAAGCGAGAAGCGUGACGAACUCCCAGGAUGGUUCGGAUAGUGAGAAUGUGAUUACAGAUGACACCGCAGCGUAUCUACGAUCCUACGGGGAAAAAAUGAAGUCCUACAUGAACGUCAGCGUGUCCCCAUGCGAUGAUUUCUAUGAGUACGCCUGCGGUAAUUGGAAAAACGUGCGUCCGGAUCACCAAUCUCCCCACAGAAGGAGUAACCUCCUGGACAUCGUCUACACGCUUAAUGAUGCGACAGAGGAGCUUCUCACCAGGACGGAGCUGGCGGAGAAGCUCAAUGUGUCCGCCGAGUUGCUAGUUGUACAACGAUUCUAUAACGAUUGUCUCGCGGCAGUGGUCCAUCCGCUGCCAGCUGCCGAUCCCGCUUAUCUAUCGCUUAUCAGGUCGCUGGGUGGUUUUCCCGCCGUCGACGGCGACGCGUGGAACGCCUCCAGCUUUAGCUGGUUCAAUAUGAGCUCUCAGCUCACCAACUACGGGGCUAACGGCCUGAUCGACGAGCAUAUCCUACCGCAAUACCCUUUUGAGCCGUAUUUCAAAGUGCCGGAGCUGGGCUUUGACCACAUUGUCAAGACGGAAAACGUUGCCAAUGUCACAUCCCGAGCCUACGUGCUGAAUGAGCAGCGAAUGCGCGGUUACCUCGAGUCCUAUAAGCUUCCGGAGGACAAUAUCACUUCCGUCAUCGCCGGCGUGUUUGACUUUUGGCGUGAGGUACUUAUCAUUGCGGACAAAUUUGAUAGUGAUACCGAAAAGUGUGAGCAGUUUUCUGCCGAUAAUGAGAUACCUCCAUAUCCCCAUUGGAAGAGCUUCUAUGAGAUCGCCUGGAACGGGAUGGACUUUAGUAACGGAACCUACAACAGUGGGUCUUGUGACUACUACUAUGUGGAGCUGGACAAAGUGUGUGCCAGGCACCAGGAAGCGGUGGCCAACUAUUUGGCCAUGCAGCUCCUGUAUCGCAUGGAUGCCAAGCUUAAGGACUCCAAGGACCAGAAGGAUUACUGUCUACUAAUAGUCCAGUUCUCAAUGAGUCACCUCUUCAGCGAGCUGUAUAUGGCGGAGCACUUCAGCGAUGACACACUUUUUGAGAUUUCCAACAUGGUAAAAGAGCUGCGGAAGAGCUUGCGUCAAACAUUGGAGAAUGUCGAGUGGCUGGACUCGGAGACGCGACAGGCGGCGCUGGAUAAGGAGUCCACUAUGAUGCCAGUGAUCGAGAUUAAAAAUCAGGAAGUCACCGAGAACCUCAUCCGACAAAUCGCCAGUCUAGAGUUAGGCGAGAGCAGCUUUGCCAAGAGCAUGAUCAACAUUCGAGAGAUGGCCACCCGUCAGCGCCGCUACAAUGGUCUGCAUUCCGAGGAGAUGCCUCACGACACAAAGCCACUUGAGCUGAUGCUAGCGAUGCAGGUUAAUGCCUUCUAUUACAAUCUGGAUAACUCCAUGUACGUGAUGGCCGGGAUCCUGAAUCCGCCCGCUUUUCACCGAUCCUGGCCGAAUUCGUUGAAGUUUGGUACCUUGGGUUACCUGGUGGGUCACGAGCUGACUCAUGGCUUCGAUACAUUGGGAUCCACAUACGACGGUCAUGGCGAGCACCGACAGUGGUGGUCCAAGAAGUCCGAGGCCGUGUUUGCGGAGCGGGCUAAGUGCUAUGUAGACCACUUCAGCAAAUAUCUGAUACCAGAAAUCAAUCGCACGGUCGACGGCAAUGAAACUCAGGACGAAAACAUCGCGGACAGUGGCGGAUUACGGGAGUCACUAGCCGCCUACCGGAGCCACAUGAAACAGAUUCAGUUAACGAAUCGAGAGAAUAACGAGACGUUGGCGCCACGCAGUGAGCAGAUGCCUGGUCUGGAUCUCUCUCCUGAACAGCUCUUUUUCCUCGGAUUCGCACAGCUAUGGUGUUCCGCAUACGAGGUAGAGCAUUACUGGGAGGAACUGAAGAAUGAGCACACAAUCGAUAAAUACAGAGUUUUGGGCGCCGUGUCAAACAUCGAGGCAUUUGCCGAAGUAUACAAUUGUCCUCUUGGAAGUCCUAUGCAUCCAAAGUCAGACACUUGUCGCAUUUGGUAACGAAUUCUGGAUGGAUAGAUUCAUAGAUAAAAAUCUGGUGGUGGACAGUUACAUCUAUAACUUAAGCAUUACUAAUAUAAUCGAAAACAAUUAAUAAAGAAAUAUAAAAUGAUCAUUAACAA